AUCAACCUUUGGAAGUAGAUUAUUUUCUCCACUUUCUCUUUAUUGUAAACUCUCUCUAUCAAUAAAGAUCUCAGUUCCAUACUUUCUAUUUUUUAGUGUUAACAUUUGGCGCCUACCAUAGGGUCGAGUUCUUGUUCCCCCACGAAUACUACAUGGCGAAUUUGGGAAACUCAUCAACAUCUCCCAACGACAUUCACUCCCAAUGACAUUCAAAAUUCUGUAAAUAACAGAGGAAUGAGCACCUCUUCUUCAUCAAGAACAAAUUCCAACAAUGCUACUGGCAGAUCUAAACUAGAAGCUCUAUCAAUAGCAUCACAAGUGCGAACGCUUGCACAGGAUAUGGAGGAAACAAGGCAAGGCUUGAGGGCAAUUGAAAAGGCCAUAGUGUCUUUCAUGAACACAAUUGAAAAAGGAAGACAGAGACAGCCAGAGUUGAUGUACACAACUUCAGUGGAAAAAGCUUUUGCAGAAGAAAUCAUCAAAGAGCUUGUACCAAUAAAUUUUAAAACUCCACAAUUAGCAGAGUAUGAUGGGACACAGGAUCCAGUUGAGCAUGUACAGGGAUUUAGGAUGGUAAUGAUGGUUCAUGGAGCUUCUGAUGCUUUGCUAUGCAAACAAUUUCCUACGACCUCCAGGAAAGCAGCAUAGGCUUGGUUUGCAACACUGCUUGAAAGAUCUAUUUGGACCUUUGAUCAAUUCACAAACAUGUUCAUAAAUCAUUUUACAGCUA